AAUUUUAAUUUUUACCUUUAUAUAAUAUUAUUUCGCGACACUUGUUACAAGGGGCAUAACUGAGUUUAUGAAAUUUCAGGUUGAUGUGUAACCGCUAGCCGACAUGUCCGCCGAAGAGGAGCCGGACGCGCUCAAGCUGUACUGGGAUCACUUCUUCAAGUCUGAAACAGGCACUUACGAGAAGUCCACGUGGUUGGAAUUAUUCCUAGCAGAAUUUAUUAUUCGGUUCAAUGAUGGCGCGGAUGCCAAAAAACUUAUAAACUUUUGUCCAUUGAGUGGAGUGGUGACGCUGGUUGGGUGCGAGCUGUUGUGCGGCGUGCACCGGGUAAGCUCUUCCAUCAACACACCGGCCGGGUCUGUCGUUCGGGAUGACGCCCACAGCUCUGACCAGACAGACCGCGCUGACUGUCCCGAUAAGGAACCUGCAGGAGUGGAAGACGGUCGCGGCGACGACAGCAGCAAGCCGACGAGCCUGUUCUCGCGGAACAACGCGCAGCUGGCGACGGAGACGCUGCGGCGGUACGUGCUGGCCGGCGUGCCCUGGCGCUGCCUGCUGCUGCUGCGGGCGCUCGGCGUUGAGGGUCUAUCGUGCUGUCGUCAGUUGAGCUCUGUGCUGAUCUGGCUGGUGGGGGAGCUGGGUGCUGUGAGUCCACCUGCAGCCAGCCCUGCUGCUGCAUUAGAAGUCCCCGUGUCGACCAACUUGACAACUGCGUCUAUCGGCCAGCGCACGCCAAUACAAGAUCUUUUUUCGCGACGAAUAUGGUCAAAGCAGAAGCCGACUGGUGGUUUGAGUGCAAAACAAUCGCAGGCUUCAUCGUCAAAAAGUCCAUCGGGAAGGUUGAGGCAGGCCUUUCGCACAAAAUUGAGUUUGGAUAAUUCGAAGCAGAGACCUGAGAAGUCUGAUCCGUCGUCGGAUUCUGGAGAUUCAGAUGACGAUUUGCAAGUUAUAAAUCGUUCCAUGUCUAUUAAAGUGUGUUCUCGAAGCGACGACUUUGACUACUUCAAUUUAGGAAAACGUUCCUCCAACGACUACACGAGUACCCUCUACUCUGAUCCAUUCUAUUCGCCUCGUAAAACUAAACCCAAAGCCGACGACUACAUGACCGAUAAGCACAGAGAAAUCAUAAACUCAGAGAUAGGAACCUUCGAAUUUACACUCAUAAUAACAGAUCUGCUGAAGCAGCUGUGCAAAGCUGAAAGUAGCCUCUCCGGCUCCGAAGGAUCACAAAUCUCAAUGCAAUGCAUUAACUUCUCCCUUAAAAGUUUGUGCUCUCUUCAGUUCGGAUCGCUACCUGACCUGUCGUCGCUGGGUCAUAGGUCGCUGGAGAUAUCUCGUGUGAAGCUCGCUCUCACAGAACUGCUGAUCGUAUCUCUGGACCAGGUGCUGAUACAUUCCGACUUGUGUUCGAAACUAAUCAUCAACGGGAUACUCCCGAUGUUGCUGAGACUACUAGAGGAUGUGAUUUGCAAAUCGAAUGCCAAGCAAUCUAAUAAACUCGAUCGCCAAAACCGUGCCAAAGAAUUAGACAUAUCAAAGGAGACUGAAUCGAAGAAUUUAUUAUAUUUUGUAUUUGGAAUAGCUUAUAGUAUAACUGCAUUUUUCCACUGCCUACUUAUGCAAUGUAGAUCCGUAGAUAAACUGAGAGAGUUCACGGAUCAAUUUAAGUUAUAUGGGGAGUGCUUUAAAGGCGGACUUCUUAAAGAGUGUAUAGAACUAAUGAUAAGAAUUCCAGUGACGGACGAAGAAGAAACGGUGCUGCUUAUAAAGAAGUUAAUAGAAUCUAUUGGAAGACUCAUCAGUGCCAUGAAACGAGUUAGGAGUGAAGUUAUACAUUCGGCGGCAUGCCCAAAGAGUAGACAUAAGGCAUGCCGCCAGCGAGUCGUGGCGGGAAUGCAUCAUCACCACGACAUUCUCGGGGAGGCUGGGUCCGGUCUUCCCAUUCCAUCAUCAUGUUGUGUAUCUAUACUUUAUGGCACUUUGGUGUCGUUGGUGCCCGAUGAGUAUAUUUCUGCACAAAAGCUGUUGAGAAACAAAAUUCUUAGUGUCAUGCUAAAAUGCGGCGUCUGCUGCUGCCUGUCACCUAAUUUUCUAAUGGAAAGUAUAGUCCGACUGAUGCUGACACACCAUACGGUCGCCUCUAAUUGCCUUCACUUACUGGAGCACACGGUGUACGGCGAUUUAGGAGCCAGCGUGCUCAUACCGCGAGUGACCGACCAGCUACCUUGUUCUAUCUGCGAACAGAGUGAUGGUAACCGCGACCUCGGCAGAAAGUACUGCUCGCACGGCGUUAGUCCUAUGGAGAGGAAAAGUGUCUGGUCUUUUCUCAUACACUACAAUUCGCUGCUGCAGUUGGAUAACCAUAACGACGUACUCCACGCCACCGUUGGGCAUCUUCUUAAAGUAACCCCAAAGUGCAGAACGGAGAUGAAGUACGAGUUAUUAUUUAGUGUCAUCUACCCGACCUUCAUAGUAGCUAAACACCGAUAUAUAAUGAGAUCAGAGGAGACAGCUUACUUUCUGACCGCCUCCUGUCUUAGCGUAUUCGCUAGCCUCCUUAACACCGUAUCGUUUGCCGAGCAAUUCAUUCAGAAAGGAGGUCUCAGCUACGUUCUCGAGCUCGUUGCGUUACCAGAAUUCUCAAACAGAUGUUGUGCGAUCCUCGAAAUCGCGAUUGUCGUUGAAAUAUUCAAGCUAACGAAGGAGAACGAAGAAAUGACGUACUUCAGGGAGAUGAGAUCGCUCGCGUCAGUGCGCAUGCUCGUAAAAUCGCUCAUGAACGUAACCGAGAGCUGCCACAACGUGUAUAGGGAAAUAAUUCCUCCCGAAGUAUUCGACGAGCUCUGCGAUUUGACAAAAGUGAAGGAGGCACUAGGCUGGGAUAGCCUAUCCGGAGCCGAGGAUGAUUCCACCGAUGUGUGCAUUGCCGAAUCUAAUCGAGCCGAAACGACGGAAGACAUCGUCGAGGUGCUGAAGAAUGCGUAUACGUUCUGGAAGUGUUGUGCGGGACUGUGCCUGUACAGCCCGUGGUUUCGGCGCUGGGUGUCGCGCGGUACGCUGCUUUUGCGCAGUAUCGCUCUAUUGCGGUUGCUGCUACAUCGCAUCUGUUCCACUGAUGCAGCUGUCGUAGAGGAGCGGGAGGCGCGUGCUAUUAUCAAGAUCAUGGAAGCUUUGCUUACAGUGCAGUUUGCUGUAGCAGAUAGCACAUCAGACAAAUCUAAGGUGGUGAGCUGCGCGGUGGUACGUAAGGCGUUGGCGGCGCGCGCGGCUGCUUGCGAGAGGGCGGGGGGCGGUCUGCGGGCGCUGUGCGACGCGCUCCUCGCGGUCGCCGUCGCCAGGCCCAGCGGCCGGCACGCCAUGCCGCGACUUGCGCCGUCCAAGGUUCCUCCGCUGUUUUGUCCGUCGGGCGGCAGUUCGGAGUGCUCGUCGAGCGAGGACAGCGCCACGGGCCCUUACGCAAGUGAACACAGCGACCCCAGGCUGCAACGAGACGAUGGAUAUGAGGCGGACGUUGAGAUUGGAAAGCUAGAUUUCCUAGCGUCGAUCAAGAUGAAAAACGUUAUAGAUCCACUGUCAGCCCUCGACGCCGUCACCAGUUCCCCGAAUGGCGCGUGUUUCGACGUGGAGUGUCCGGAGUACGACCGACACGGCGAGCUCGCGCACCCCGAGCUGUGCGUCAUCGUCGUCGACAUCGUGUCGCAGCUUAUUGACGGUUUGUUGGGAGAGAAAUGCUCAGUGGAAAAUCGGAACAAGAGCGUGGAAGAGCUGGAGCGCGUGUGCGCGGGGCUGGCGCGCGCGUGGGGGGCGGGCGCCGAGGGCGAGGGGGCGGACACCACGCCCGGGGACUCCCCGCCGCUGCUGGGCCGCCUGCUGGCGCCCCGAGCUCCCGCCACGCGUUUGCUGUCGCAACAACACAAGGAUCUACAAGAUUUGCAGCGUGCAGUGCUGUCGCUGGUGGUAGGCGCGGCGCGACGUCGCCUGUCGGCGCGUGAUCUGUCGGCGCUGCUGCGACUGUUCGCGGCGCCGCGCCCGCCGCUGACGCCGCUGCUGCGUGCGCUACAGCGGUUGUUGACGCAGCAACGAUCGCACGCGCCCGAUCAUGAGCUGCUCUUCCCCAUCUCUUUGACGCCUGAGCCCGAUGAAUUACCAGUUGACGAGUCUGUCGCGUCGUCCUUCAGUCAACAAGCAGAGAUACAAUCCCAUCGUCUGCAUAUGUCACACUUGAGUGCCGGUGUGGUGUCACCGUGGGCGGUGGGCGCGGUGCGGUGCGCCGUAGACGGUGCGGGCUGGGCGCCUUGGGCGCAAGGGUUCGCUGUAGUGGCUUGGCUGCAACUGCAGCCGCCAAUACCAGCUAAAGACGAAGCAGAACAGUGGCUGGAUGAUAUGAACGAGCCCGUAAUACGUGGCACGCCGCGUGGUGCCGCAAUUCCCAUGCAUGUACUCUCAGUGGGCCACGACUCUCUAAUGUUUGAGCUUUGGACAGACCUUAAUAGCGGAAUCGUCAGUGUCCGCUUGUCACGGCCCGAAGCGCGCGUCAACCGUAUCGUCAGCGGCGCGCGCUCCACGUGUACGCUGCCUCUACGUCGCACCACGUGCCUGGCUUUUGACGUACGCGAACGUGUUGCUGGCCGUCGCAUCCAUUUGCAUGUAACAGUAUAUAUUGAUGGACGGGAGUGCGAAACUAUACUUCUACCAGUUCAAGGUAUCCUGGUACGUAAGCCGACGCCGGUAAAUGUGGUGUUCGGUCACGCGAGCGCGAACGGCGCGGUCGGUGCGGGUACGCUGCGGGUGGCUAGCGUGCGCGUGUACCGCGCGCCUGUACUCUCCCCGCCCGCCGCUGCGCACGUGGCCGCGCACGGACCUAACCAGCCAUGUCAGGUUGGCUGUGAGUCCCCAGAUUUCUCGUCUAUCAUCACUCCGGAAAUUCUUGAAAUGGGACUUGAUUGGGAUCAGGUAUACGAGCUGCCAAGUAAUAUACUGCGUGAACUCCACGAACAGCAACUUUUGGCGUUAUCUGCCCACGCGCCUGACCAUGUUUUAUUGUACCCACAAUACUCUCCUGCGCCUACAGUGUGGGGCGGCCGUCCGUCAAGCGGCGGUGCGGGCGAGCCGCCGCGUACUCUGCGCUGCAGCUGGGCGGGGCCGCCACGCGUCUCCGUACAUCGAGGCUUCGCACCCGCGCUACUGUUGCUCGGUGGACCUGACCUGUUACUAUACCUGUUCGCUAGGGUUGUGGAGCUCGAAGGUUCCGCGGAGGAGCAGGCGGCGGCGCUGUCGCUGCUGCUGCGGUCGUGCGCGCUGGACGCUCGACUUGCGGCCGCUCUGCACGCCGCGCACUCCCUACGCCUGCUGCUGCCGGUGUUCGCUGCGCCGAAUUGUCGCCUCUCCGCUGCCAUGUUGCAGGUGAUCCUGAGCGAAGCCUGCAAUGCUCCCGUGUUAACUGGAGUCAUGGAGCGUGGAUCGGCGGGUAACGUCGAGCGAAAAGCGGGUCACGUGGUACUUAACGUCGACACGCAAGCUCUUCUUGUGGAGCCAAGACUCAUUAAACUGCUGUUUCGAGCCUGGCGUAACUUUGAAACUGCACAGGUGUCGUGGGAUGAGGCAGGACUACGUUACACUGGCACGGCUUGGGGUUUGACACUGGCAUGUGUGCGAGCGUUGUUGCGACGCGACCAUCCGCACGCUGAUUUCAAUCGCUACCAAGCGGCGCGCGCUGACCUACUGCGCCAACUUUUACUUACAACCAAGGAGCGGUUUUUAAAUUCUGAAUGUGGCGGUAUGGACGAGCACGCUAGCGACUGUUUGGUGGGCGUGGCCCGCGCGCUGCUGACGGGCUCGACCGCACUCGCCGCCGCCCCCGCGCCACCCGCACUUAACGAGCUGGCGCUGUUGGCGGAUUUCCUACUGUUGAUGCACCAGGCAAGCGACACGUUCGUGACACACACACGUGCGACGUUCUACUUUUUGCUUUCCUACGACACGCCGGAGACAAGCGAGUUCAAUUUCCUGAAGUUUAUUGGCAAACGCGCCAGAGCCAACUUUGCCGCGGCUGAAAACCCCAGCGAUCUGCCAUUAAAUGAUAUGGGUGAUACGAUGGAUCGAAACGCUUACCGAGACAGCGAAAGCGACAAGACGGACGAUAGCGGCGUAGAGUCUACAAAACGGUUAAAAGGAAUUAUAAACCAGAAGAUAAGAGAGGACAGGAGGUCAAUUUCUACAUCUACUUCUGAUAACUCAGAUAGCGUUCUUGAGGAAAAAAAAGAACUCGACAACGACGUCGAAACAGAAACGGAAGACGAGAGAAAAGACAAGGAAAAAGAAGUGCAAAACGACGUCAACACCAAGGAAGAUGCUUUGAACGGCUUUGUAGUCGUAAAUGAAAAUGAUAUCAAUGAAAACCCCACCAACGUAAAUGAAAAUUCAAAUCCCCAGCCGAUGGUCAGCAGCAUGAGCGGGGUGCGCGCGGGGGCGGAGCCGGGUUGGCGAGCGUGCGAGGGACUGCUGCUUUUACUGCGCGAUGCACUUGCGGCGUUGCCGAAAGACCAACUUGCUCAGGCGGUGACUGCUGUGGUGCAGCCGGAGCUAGUGGCAGUACUUGCCAAUCACCGCACGGCCAGCGUACGCGCCGCAGUAGUGCGUGUAGCGCGAGAACUGAUGCGUCGUGCGCCCAUCAACGCCCAAGCUCCCACCUCCAAAUUGUUCUACUCACAUCUUGCUAAUCAGAUAUCUCUAUACGGCGUGUCGUCCUCGUUAGCAGAGGCGUGCUGCGCGCUCCUCACGGACGUGGACGUGCCGCUCUCUGAGCAGCUCGAUGCAAAAAUAUGGGCAGCAUUUGCAGAAGAAAACGCAAUGCGAGCAGCGCCGCUUCUUGCUUUGUUGCCUUUAGCUAUUCGAGAUGUGCCGCUAGCUCAUAAUCUAGUCGCAGUACUGCGCAGAUUCGUCGAUAAGGUAUCGACUAAAACGAUAAGCGAAGUUGCUUUGGUUGAAGUUGUGGUUAGAGCCAUUCGUGCUUUGGGUCGGGAAGAGCAAGAAUACGAAGGCAAGGAGCUCAUCUUGGAGGAUUUAUCGGACUUGCUCAAUAGAAUCGCAAUCAAAACACUUGCGGGCAACAACAGCAUGCAGUCGAUACUGGACACGCACCUUCUGUUACGGUAUAUCGAGUGCGAAGCGGGCGGGGACGAGGGGGCGGAGGGUGGUGCCGACGGAGCGGGCGUACGCGGAGCGGCCCGUGCGGCGCAGGCGGCGCUGUACGCGGCGCAACUUGACGCACUGCAGCAGCGUCUGCGCCGAGCCGCGCUCGAGCCGGUGCGACGACCAACAUACUUCACUAACGUGCUAUCUUCGGCGGUGGAGCGAUCAGAAGUGGCGGACACUCGCGCCCGUAUAGCGGCUGUACAGACGCGGGCAGUCGCCUUCCUAACGACCCGUGAACGUGACCCGCCGCAGCCCACCGAGCGAGCACUAUUCUGUCGUUUACUCGAUAUGCUACUGCACGAGUGCAGCAACGAUAGUGGCGGCGGCGGCAGACGGGGCGGGGCGAGCGGUGCCCUAAGCGACCUGUUUUGGUGGGCGGCAACACCAAGCGUCAUCGCCCGUCCCUUGCAGCCGGAUUUGCUGCGGGCAUUAUACAGAGCUCCGCCCAUUGCGCUCGCUCAUCUUGUGCCACAUAAUAGAGACCCUACCUCGCUACGGAAGUUGGCGGUGUACCUACUGACUCUGCUGCGACACGUACACCUGGAAGCGGAGCGUGGUGGGAGUGGCGUAGAGCUGGCGAUCACGGACUGGGCGCGUGACUGGGCCGUGGGCUCGCAAGCGGCGCUGGCCGAGCGACUCGACAGCGAGGCUCUUCCGGCCGAGGCGGAGCGAUUGCGGCGUGCGGACCGCGCGCGGCGCCUCGCGAAUGCGCCGCGACGCCGCGCUGCCAUUGGCAAAGCGGUGUUCGCUCGGGAAGCUCAAGCACGUGCGCUGGCGGAGGCCGCCAUGGCAGCUACGCGUCUGGUCGUCGAUACUCAAAACGCGGAACGCAAGGCAUUCCUGGAACAACUAAAAGCGUCUAGCGCGGCUUCAGCUACUGCGGCUGCGCGUUGGCAGCGGAUAGUGAACGCGCACACGCACGAGCGCGGCGUGUGGUACGACGAGCACGCGGCGCCGGCGUCCUGGCAGCUCGACGACGUAGAGGGCCCCGGCCGCGUGCGAGUCAGACUCCGACGAGCACACCUUCGCAUCCCGGAACGUUUUCUCAAGCCACCAUACAAAUACAAAUCCCAGCGUGCUCUGGCGCCGCCGCCUCUACGAUCCGUGGUCGGUGCGGGCGGUGGCGGUGGCGCGGCGGCGCGGCUGGCUGCGGGCGAGGCGGUGCAGCACACGGCGCGGGUGCGGCGUGUGACGGUGGCGUUAGCGGCGGCGGGCGAGCUGCUGCUCACAGACCGCCGUCUGCACUGGGUGCCGGAAGAGCCUGCGGAGCCGCUGUGCCUGCCGCUGCGUUCGCUAGCUGCAGUCGCCACGCGCCGCUGGUGCCUGCGUGAGUGCGCCCUAGAACUGUUCUUACGCUCCGGUCGAGCGCACUUGCUCGCGUUCGAGGACCAGGCCGAGCGAUCCGCCUUCCUCAAACAGUUGGCACGAGCGCACCUACCCGAACGGACUGAACAAGAGAACUUAACGGACGCGAUGAACCAAUGGCGUGUCGGUGCCAUAACCAACUGGGAGUACCUGAUGAUUCUCAACGGUUUAGCGGGACGCUCCUACAACGACCUCAUGCAGUAUCCCGUGUUACCUUUCGUCAUCGCCGACUACACCUCGAAAAUAUUGGACCUCACCGAUCCGGCUUCCUUCCGAGAUCUCAGCCGCCCAAUGGCUAUACAAAAUCGAAACCGAGAACAACAUUAUAUCAACACUUACAACGACCUGGCAGCGGCGCGGCGUGACGGAUGCAGCCCGCUGCUGUCGCGAUGGCCGCACCACUACGCGUCCUUGUACUCCAACUCGGGCGGCGUGCUGCAUUACCUAGUUCGAUUGCCACCAUUCACUGAACUCUUCCUUAACUACCAAGAUAACAACUUCGACAUGCCGGAUCGUACGUUCCACUCGCUGGCGACGACGUGGCGUCUGAUCACCAACGACUCGCCCACCGACGUCAAGGAACUCAUACCCGAACUGUUUUACCUUCCAGAGCUGUUUUAUAAUAACGAAGGCCUAGAACUGGGUGUGCGUCAAUGCGGUUUGCCGGUGGACAGCGUGCAGCUGCCGCAGUGGGCGGCGGACGCGCGGCUGUUCACGCUCGUGCACCGCCAGGCGUUGGAGGCGCCCGCCGUCACGGAGCGCCUGCCGCUCUGGAUCGAUUUAGUCUUCGGGUACAAGCAGACCGGACAGGCGGCCAUAGACGCCAUCAACGUUUUUCCAGCAUGUACGUACUACGGCUUCGAUCCGUCGGCCCUAGAACACCAAGUGGACCGCGACGCAGCGGACGCGAUGGUGCGCACGUACGGCCAGGCGCCGCGGCAGCUGCUGCGCCAGCCGCACCCACAGCGCGCGCCCGACUUAGCCCCGCCCCCGCCAAUGCCAUCGGCGCAAGUAUACGCGGGGGCUGUGGGUGCCCGCUGGGGUCGGUACUGCGGCUCGCCCGAGCGGCCCGCCCCGCGAGAGGUCGGGCGUCGCACCUGGUCCGGCGUCACAAGACUGCAGCCGCUGGCUCACGCACGAUCAGUUGCCGCUGCGCCACAUCACACAAUGUUAUUGCUACUUCGCGAUGAAUGGGCGGCGCCCGGCGAUGUGGAGAACGAGACGCUAUGCGCCGUCAGCUGGGGCCACGCCGACGGCUUGCUGCGGCUGCGGCGCCGCCGCGACUUACCGCCCGAACCGCUAUUGCAACUACCACACAUUGAACAAGUAACAAGCACAUGCGGGUGGAGCGGUGGCGGGGGCGGCGAGGCGGCGCGCGGCGCGGUGGGCGCGCUCGGUCUGUCGUCCGGCCGCGUGCUGGCGCUGCGCGUGCGCGGAGGGCCCGUGCCACGCCUCACGGCGGUGCCGCUGCUCGCGCACGCCGCACCUGUGGCAGCCCUAGCGCUGUGCCCCCGCGCCGGACUGCUCGUUAGCGCCUCCGAUGACGGCGUCAUCGUACUGUGGGACCUCGACGAGUUGACUUACAUCCGCACGCUACCCAACCGAGGGCGCUUGAGUGUGCAGUGUCUGGCUAUUAGCGAGACUCUGAGUGACGUGUGUUCGGCGCACGAGCCGCCGCCGCCGCUGUCGCGCUCCACCGAGGAGGCGCCCGAUUGGCUGUCGGCGGGCGAUGCGUACGACGCAGACGCCGAUACCGCUCAGCCUGACAACGCGGAUUCUGAUGCUUACGAACGCGAUGACACCUACAAGUAUAGGACGCUACUGCGUGUACACACCGUCAACGGAAGAUUCGUGGGUAGUGUUAAAGUUAUCGAAGGUGUGACGUGUAUGCAAUAUUCAAAUGCUCCUGAAGGAGCUAGCGCCAACUGUGUGGCGGCCGCGCUGCGUUCAGGCGGCAUUAGGCUCUACUCGUCGUGGGAGCUUCGUCCCGUGGCAUAUAUUCCGCCACCCAAUGGAGCCCCCGCACCUAUGCUGAGCCUGGCGUAUGGUGGAGACUCGUCCUUGCUGUUUUCGUGCUACGCGGACGGUACAGUGCUGGCGUGGGAGAGUCUAGACGCCGGCGCGCGUCCGCAGCCACUGCGCAUCGUGUCCGCGCACGCGCUAUUAUAACGCUCCUGGCGUACGCGCACGCAGUAAUGUGAUGCGUUAUACGUACACACUCUCGUCAAUAACUUAUUUUUUUGAAAGAAAUUACAGGCGGCGAUUCAUACUAAUAUCAUAAAUGCGAAAGUGUGCCUAUCUGUCAGUCUUUUGAUAACAAAUAAUGUUUCCUAUGCAAUAAACGAACUCCUGCAAAAUUGCGCUCAAUUAAGAAUUUAACUUAAAAAAUAUUAGCAACUUAAAGUUUGUAGUGCAACAUUCCUGGUAUUAUAAAAAGCACGAUAUAUGAAAAUGAUGAAAAAUUAAUGCCAGCUUGAAUGAUAUCUCUACAAUGACUGCAGAUAUUUUAUUUUAUGUUUUUAGUGUUGCGUUGAAUAAGUCAAAA